AUGAACUACAGUCAUACCAGCCCAUUCACACUGGACAAAAACUGUAUAAAUACUGCACAUUAUGAACCGUUAUUUACUUGUUUUCAAAUACUUUAAAGACGCACAAAUGUGCACAAACACAGAGUUAUCCGUGUUUUGAGUUAACAUGACUUGUGUAAAGUGUCGCUAUUUGUUUUGCUUUCCUGUUGUUGAAUUACAGAUUUUUACUCCAGAAGCAAAGAAACUUCCCAGUAAACACCUGUUAUUAGUAGAUAUGCUAACCCUAUAUUAUAACAUGAGAAAGAGUAGGCUGGGAGGAAAUACUGAGACAAUAUAAUAAUAAUAAGAAGAGAAGAAUCUUGUGACAGUUUGUAGAUGGGGCAUAGCAGCCAUUUUAAAAGUGUCAGUAUAUAACUCACCCCCCAGAGACUAAUUCUAAUAAAGAGUAUCAGUCUUAAGAAUCUAAGCAAACAUGGACAGCUUUCUUUCAGUGUCUCCUAUAAAUCCUAAAAAAAAUCCUAAAAAAUGUCAAAGCGUCCAUAACUCAGUUCUAUGUGAGAGUAUACAGGUGCAUCUCAAAAAAUUAGAAUAUCGUGUAAAAGUACAUUUUUUUUCUGUAAUUUAAUUCAAAAAGUGGAACUUUCAUAUAUUCUAGAUUCAUUACACAUAAAGUGAAAUAUUUCAAGACUUUUUUGUGUUAAUCUUGAUGAUUAUGGCUUAUAGCUAACAGAAAUCAAAAAUCCAGUCUCUCAAAAUAUUCAAUUAAAGAAUUUAUAAUACAGAAAUGCUGACCUUGUGAAAAGUAUGUUCAUUUAUGUGCUGAUACUCGGUCGGGUGUAACCCAGCCAAGGUUAAACAAUUAUAGAAUUAUUCUGGAAAUUAUUUAAUUUGACAUGUAGGGCAAUUAUUAUGAUUAGUUUAAUACACAGAAAUUACUUUUGUAUUCUAUGUACUUUAAUUCAUAUUUGAAGAGAGACAUGUUUUGUAAAGGAAGUCACGAUUCAGUCAAAAUAGCUAGCUGCCUUGUGACAUUUUAGUUAAUUGAAUCUUGGAAUGUCGGCGCUCAUGUGCUAAGAAAGAACACAGAGAUAUUCGCCAUUUUAUUUUUCUACUUUAUUGUGAAGGAUGUUUGCAACACAUUAUACUAAGAAUUGUAUGGUAUUUUAUGUUUGUUCAAGGUAAUGCAAUUAAUAGCCAUUGCAGUUCUUUAUACUUCGUGGUUAUUACUCAGAUUAUGGGUAAAUGUAUUUGUGAAAUUGAAAUGGUACUAAACAGUUGUACAACAUUUAGAAAUAUAGUCUUUACAACAUGAUUAGGCUUAAUGAUUAAUAAUCUAUUUUUUUGUGAAUAAUCCUACGCUGUUGUUGUUUCAUGCGCAUUAACUUUACGGCAUGUUUGUCCUCCUCUGAGCGGAGCAAGAGCAACAAUUCUUUGAAAGUAGGUGGGUUCUCUUUCUUUUUCUGAAGACCGAGGGCAGUAAUAAGCACAUCAUCCCAGCAGCCUCGGCAAAACUGCCUAAGAAGGUGACGAUCUGUCUCAGAUUGAGAAACCCCACCUCUACAGACAGUCUUGCUCACUGUUGACUGCAGCCUAUGGAGAUAGUUGGAAGGUUUCUCACCUGUGUUCUGGAGAGUAUUCAUAAACUUCGCAAACAAAUCAUCUCCGUCUUCAACUAUGCCAAAAGCUGAAUCUAGUAGCUCAAUAUAGGCCCUUGGGGCAGCUUGAGGUCCCAAUGGUUUGAUAAUGUCUGCAGCUGGGGGUAAGAGACUUUCUAUAAUUCUCCUAGCUAUGUGUAGAUCAGACAUAGAUGGGUCUUCUAAGAAGAGCUCAACAUUUGUUUGCCAUGUAUCAUAAUCUGUCUCACCACUUGGACAUGGAUAUUUCCUGGAGAAGGUUCUGAGCUUCGAUGAUACAAACAAACCCUUUAAAUGUGAUCAUGUAUGACAGAAGCAAACAGUCUGGGACCUAUGAUACCUUCCAGACAAAUGAUAACAAAUCAAAUCAUUGUCCCUUUCCACCUAUCCAGAUUUAUUACAAAUACUGUGUACAUUUAUUUAAAAAAAAAAACUACUGUAUUCUUGUGAAUUGGUGACGGUUAAUCACUGAACAGUGGAGAAGUUCAACAAAACAGACUUCAUGUAAAAACUGUAAUGAAUUUUCCUGGUUACACAACUGCACUUUCACCAUGGAGUAUUAGCACAUUUAUAGAAGGGGUGUAUUUAUUUAUAAUCGCACUCUCCGGUGUCACCCAGAUAAGGACAGGUUCCCCUUGAGUCUGGUUCCUCUCAAGGUUUCCUCAUAUCGUCUCAGGGAGUUUUUCCUCACCACUGUCACCUCUGGCUGAUCAUUAGAGACAAAUUCAUACAUUUAAAAUCUAUAUCCUGAAUUUAUAUGUUUCUGUAAAGCUGCUCUGGGACAAUGUUCACUGUUAAACACGCUAUACAAAUAAAACUUAACUGAAUUGAAUUAAAUGGGUAAUCUUGGAAGGUGAAUUUCAGGCUUAUUGAAUAGAAUAGAGGGAGAUUUGAGUAGAUCUUUGGCCAAACGCUGUCCAGUAGGUCGAGGUAAAACACUGAAGAAGAAACAAUAGCUAUUUCUCCCUCUAUGUUUACAAUACAAUAUUUUCUUCCUAAGUUUUACAGCGACGGUUAAAUCUGAUCAAGGUUUUUUUUUUUAAUUUUAUUUUUAUUUUUUUUAUAAAUAACAGCAUUUGGAGAGAUAAAGUUUGUUGAGCUUUAAAUCCAAAGGUAAGUUAAAAUGAAACUGCCCUGCUGAAUAGGCUCCAGGAUAGGCUCCAGGUUCCCCUGUGACCCUGAAGGAAGGAUAAGUGGUAUAGAAGAUGGAUGGAUGGAUGUUUUUGAGUAAUGCUUUGAAUAUGAAAUGAUGGUUUCACAGGAGGCACAGUGGUUUAGUGUUUAGCACGCCUGCCUCGCACUUCCAGGUUGGGGGUUCGAAUCCCGUCUCUUCCCUGUGUGCGUGGAGUUUGCGCGUUCUCCCCAUGUUUCAGGGGUUUCCUCUGGGUACUCCGGUUUCGUCCUUCGCUCCAAAGACAUCUGUUGUAGAAUGAUUGGCAUCUCUAAAUUGUCCGUAGUGUGAGUGUGUCUACGAUUGUGCCCUGCAAUGGAUUUGCACCCUGACCAGGGAGUCCCGUGUCAUGUCCCUUGAGUCCCCUGGGAUAGGCUCGAGGCUCCCCACAACCCUGUGUAGGAUAAGCUGUACAGAAAAUGGAUGGAUGAAUGUUUCAGAAAAUGUUAUUUUUAAAUAAAUAAGCUAUUACACAGUAACUCGAAGCUAAUUAUACGAUGUGAAGUAGAUCUGUAAAAAGUUUCACAUCUACCUAUACGUCAGUUCACACAAACUCAAGAGCUCUAUUACCUAGACUAUGAAUGUCAGUGGUUUAAACCCAACACUACACAUGAUAAGAAAACACACUAUAUGAAGUAGUGUGAUAAAUGUCAGGCACACAACUCUAAUUUCUAACACAAUUUCAGGUUUAUUGAACAGUAUAUAGCAGGGGUUACCAAACUUUUCCAGGGCAAGGCCCCCCAAAUGGCAUUAACAUUUGACCGAGGCCCCCCUUUUGCAAGAUGUCUUUAAAACACAUUAAAAAUACAGACUUCUGAAUAUAUCCCCCUUUUGAUUAAUUAUUACAUGUUACAUCUUUACAUUCCAUUAUAUUAGGAAUUGAUUGUGUAUGUGUGGUUGUCUGAGAGUGAGAAUUUAUUUUUCACACCAAAUUGUUGAGGCUUCCCGGGCGCACCCUGGCGGCCCCACUUUGAAAACCACUGGUAUAUAGGGCAAUUUGAGUAGACAUUUGGCCAUUAGGUGGCAGUAAAACACCUUUUAGAUGUAAAAUCACCGAAGAAGAAUCCAUUUUUUUUUGCCUGUUUGUUUACAAUACAAUAUUUUCUCCUCAGCGACGGUUAAAUCUGAUCGAGUUUUAAAUAAUAACAGCAUUUGGAGAGGAUUUAUGUGUUGAUCUUUAAAUCCUGAGACAUGCACAAAAACAUGGUGCCUACAAAAGCCUCCAGUAGCCAUCAAAAGCCUUCCGGUACACCUGAAACUCUCACCAGUUCUUCACAAGUGAAGAAAGAUCUCAACACCUGCUCAGACUGUGGAAAGAGUUUCACUUCCCAGAGUAAACUCCAAAUCCACCAGCGCAUUCACACCGGAGAGAAGCCGUAUCACUGCCCGCAGUGUGGAAAGAGGUUUAGCUGCAAGAGUGCUCUCCGAAGACACCAGCGCGUUCACACCGGAGAGAAGCCGUACCGCUGCUCACAGUGUGGGAAGAGUUUUAAUUGCAGGAGUACUCUCCGAAGACACCAGCACAUUCACACCGGAGAGAAGCCAUACCACUGCUCACACUGUGAGAAGAGUUUUACUCGACUGAGUGUUUUACGUGAACACCAACGAAUUCACACAGGAGAGAAACCAUUUAUGUGCUUACAGUGUGGCAGAAGUUUUACUCAGCGGGGUAAUCUCAAAACACAUCAACGACUGCACACGGGCGAGAAGCCGUAUCACUGCCCGCAGUGUGGGGAGAGUUUUAAACACAAGACAACUCUCCAGGAACACCAGACUAUUCACUCAGGAGAAAGGCUCUAUUACUGCUCACACUGUGGGAAGAGUUUUAAUCGAGAGAGUCAUUUCCAAAUACACCAGCACGUUCACACCGGACAGAAGCCGUACCACUGUUUGCAGUGUGGAAAGAGCUUUGCUCGACCAACUACGCUCCGAAACCACCAGCGCAUUCAUACCGGACAGAAGCCGUAUCAGUGUUCACGGUGCGGAAAGAGCUUCGCGCAAAUAAGUACUCUCCAGAACCACCAGCGCAUUCACACCGGACAGAAGCCAUAUCACUGUCCACAGUGUGGAAAGAGCUUCUCUCUGUCGAAUGCACUCCGAAGACACCAGCGCACUCACACGGGAGAGAAGCCGUAUCACUGCUCCGAUUGUGGAAAGAGUUUCAAUCAAAGAAGUCAUCUCCGCACACACCAGCGCAUUCACAGGCUUACAGUGUGGGAAAAGAUUUUACAUUCAGGGUCAUCUCGAACCGCAACGCAUCCCUAGAGAAGAGAAGCCGUAUUACGGCUCAUAAUGUGCGUCAAUUUUUGCUAGCCUUAGUAAUUCACACAAGACGGAAGCCGUACCAGUUCUGAGGAACGGUACGAAAACAUGCAUGUACUUACUAUUGAGGACAAUGAGGUGUGUGUGUGUGGGGGGGGGGGAUUACUUAGUAGUGUUGUGAAUAAUUCUAAGCCUUCAGAAUUAAGCUAGUUAAUUUGGUGCAUAAACAGUGUAAUUUGCGAGGUGGGUAUGUAUUAGUUUUAAAAUGUAGUUUUCGAUAUGUUUGCAUCAUACUCAGUAGAUUUUUUUUUCACAGCUUCAAUAUCCUCACGUGAUGUUUCUGCAACACCACAUACAGCUUACAGAAUCAAGUGAGUGGCACAAGAUGGUUUCAGUUGUUGAGACAGACACUGGUGAAAUUGAACUUAGGACGUACUGUAGGCUGCCCCAACAACCUCAUGUCCCCCCCCCCACCACCAAUUAGGUCUCCCCUAUCAUACCACAGCUACCAACCCAGAAAUAUGGAGGUCUUCCUCCUAGUCAUAUGAAACCAGCCAACCUCAUCAUUUCAGACUGCUCCUCAUUGCUGAGUCAGGAGGUGGCGUAACACACUCAGACGAAAAUACUGUCUGCCCAUUUGACAUGCAUGAGCUCAGAUGCCCACCUGGUGAUACUUUGUUUCAUAGGAGAGAGAGAGAGAGAGAGAGAGAGAGAGAGAGAGAGAGAAUGAAGCCCCUCCUACCCAGGGAGCAUGGCCAGUUUUGCUCUCUUGGACUCCCGGGCACAAAAGGGUGGGGCAUCUUUCGGAUUCAAUCUCACAAUCUUUGGAUGAUAGGGCGAACGCUUCUCUUUUGUUUCACUCUGGAACUAAAAUAGUAUUUUAUUUUAACCAGUAGAAGUUUAUUAUUUAAAAAAAUAUAGAUAUACAUUCAUUUCAAAUCUGAUGACUGCAACAUGCUCCAAAAACACUUGGGACAGUUGAGUGUUUACCACUGUGUUACAUCACCAUUUCUUUUAAUGGCACGUAUUAAACUAUUUUCACUCUUUUCUCAGCUUCAAAAUGGCUUGCUUUUCUCCAUAGACAGCUCUCUCAUCUUCAUGUUGGUUUAUCCUUUUUAUCUUUUGGUUGUCUUCACAGGCAAAACCCAGAGUCCAAGAGCAGAUAUUCAUGGCUAUAAAUUCUUUAAACAAUCAAUCUAAAAGGGCACACCUGGGCAACAAGAAACACCUGUCAGUCACAUGUUCCAAUAUUUAUGAUCUAUAAAUAUGUGUGGGUUCAAACAAAUGGUGCCAUGUUCUAAGUUAUUUAACACACCUAUGUUGUGUCCCAAAUGACAUACUGUACACUAUGCACUAUGUAUUCUACUGUCUAGUGUAUGAAUGAUAGAAGGGUAGUAUCAUCUCAAAUGGAACACUAAUCUUUUUUUCACAUCGAAAGUAUUAGCCGUUUUCCAAUCGAUCACAGGUGACAUCAAAUGCAUGUAAUGCAAUGCUGCUAGCUUUUUUAUGUCUAGUGGAAACCAAUACCAACCAUUAAAUCCCUAAUAGAACACGGCCCAAAACACUCUACAUUUGUUAAUGGAUUUAACGGUAUUUGAAGUGGAAACCAUUAGAAUUUUGCAAUGGUUUCUAUUUUUUUCAGCAGGGAAAACAUAAACCAACAACUUAUUUACACAAGGUAAUUUGGUAUUCAUGAAAAUCCUGUAAAUUCCUGCUCGUGAGUGAGUGUAAAUCUAUGGAUAGGUGGACCUACUACUGUAAACCUCGACUGAUCGACUUCGAAUCAUAUAAAAUGCAAAAGGGUUACUGUAUUUUAAUAUAUGGGUUAUGCUGUCAAGUUUAAAUCACUUAUUUCAGUUACACAAAUACAUUUUAUAUUUUUUAAUCCUGUCAUUUCAUAUUAAUGCCAUUAAAAAUAAUAAUAAUAAUAAAGACAGCAACCCAACUCCAUUUUAAGAGAAGCACUGUAAGACUUUAAGUCUUUCAAUUAAGAAGAAAUUUCAAGAUGUGGAGAAACUUUAAAUAUAUUCACAUUUAAGUCAGCAGCAGAAAGACAAAAGACUUGCCAUGGAUAAAAUGAAAAACUUUUUUAGCAGUCUUUUAUUUAUAUAUUUUUUUAAUGCUGUAUGAGAAUAUGCCUUGCAUGUUAACAUUCUCCUAGGCUCUAGUUACUUUAGUUAAGCCAGAUAAACAAAUGUAUUAAAAUCACUAUCAUCCAUCUCAUAAGCCAGAUAUGUUUUAUUAUAUCACACGCCACCUGUUGCGUUCCUUAUCCUAACCUCUUCUUCUACGCUAUUCUCGUAUUUACUUUAAUAUUGCAUCUGAUCUCCUUAGAGCUCACGAUAUUAUUGAGCCAGAACCCAACAAGCAUGAAGUGGAAAGUAUCAUUUCUAGGCUGUGGUUUAAACACAACAUAACAUAUGAUAAGUAAGAAAGCUCAAUAUCAUGUGGCGUGAUAAAUAUGAGGAGAGAAUUGAGGAAAGGA